AUGUCUCGCAUUCGAGAGUAUCUACGACGCUCACUCGCUGUCGCACAGGAUGGAAUAGCAAGGACCAUCGCCGCCGACCCCGCACCCCCACGCCUGCCACUCCCAAUGUUCACCAUCCACUCGCAGGAAGACCUCGAGCAGUUCGCAACAGGCUGCGACGCUGACAUUGGCGGGUAUAGCACUUGCCACCUUGAGCUCGACUCGGAAUCCCGAGGGCGCUUCUAUGGAAAUAUGAACACCUCGGUCCACCCCAGUCUGGCGGGGAAGAUGAAUUCCGGAUAUGCGGCGUUCAGGAGUAAGAAGCGGACAAGUCUGUUCGGAGAGAUGUUCUUCGAUGUCGGCAGACUGAAGUAUCUCCAUCUACGGGUGAAGGCGGGAGGGGAUAGGAGAACGCAAGACGCGUAUUUUGUGAAUAUCCAGACGGAGACACCUGUUACGUCCGAUAUCUGGCAGCAUCGGCUGUUCCUGCGCGAGCAUGGCGCAUGGGAGGACGUCCUAAUCCCAUUCCGCUCUUUCGUAUUAACGAACUACGGCCAGCCCGUUCCCGGGAAAAUGGAGAUGAACACGGAGAAAGUACGCACAGUGGGCAUCUCCAUCCUAGGCGGCAAGUUCGGGAUCGACGGGAAGUAUGAGCUGGGCAUCGAUAGCAUUUCAGCGAUUAACGAGCCGCCUCAGGCGCCACCGCGUAUCUCUGCUGCUGACUUUGCCGCGUCGCUUCCCGCUCAAGAGGAGAUGAAGGUCUCCGCAUUAGGCGAGUUACUUCGAACAGCAGCAACGCUGCAAAUUACGGAAACAGAGCUAAUGGCCGCGCUCACCGAGGAAGAACGUGUCGUACUGAGCCGAGCUGUGAACGCUCGAAUAGGGAUGGAGAAGUCUGGAGAGAAGGGGGGGAAGGAGGAGAAGGGCAGGAAUAGCAGGGAAGAGAAGAUGUUGCUUAGGGCGGCUGCUAGGCUCGCAAGGGAAAGGAUGAAGCGGGAGUUGGGCACUGUUGCUCCUGCACCGCAGGCAAAGCAGGCGGCAGAAGAGUGUGUCAACGCGAGGCUUGCGCCCGAGACGCCGUCGGAAGAGGAAAAGAAGCUGUGA